UUUAGGCAAGGAGAGAGGAAGUAGCGACAGCCAGGCUAGCUGGUUAGCCGGUCUGAAACCACACACAGUCUGUUAGAUAGAGUUCACUUACGAGGCUUUUUUAAAAAUCUUGACUACUAUUUUUCUACGUUUAAUAACAGCGUAUAAGCAGACUGCGGGUUUUUGUCGGGAGGUUUUAUUUCCUCUGCACCGCGGGCUUCACAGCUUCAAACUGGCUCAACUGGGAGCUUUGUCUGUCUGUCUGGGACGCCUCCGUUGUUAGCCUGGUUGUUACAAAUCAGUCUGGGUUAAUUCAAAGAAGACGAACCAUAAUCCAGAAACCCCGACUUUGGUUAUCAAUUUUUCAGCAGUUGGUUGAAUCGCGGAGGAUGCAGUUAAGGAUUACACCGAGACAAUGAGAAAAACAGCCGUUAAAGGUGCUGUGUGGUGAGAGGAAAGCAGUGGGUGCGGCAUGCUGAGGCCACUCCCACUGGCUCAGGAUGAGUGUCAGAGAUGGCGCUGCCACCAUGGCAACGACCGCAGGUGGAGGAGGGGGGGGUGGGCCAGCUAGCCCCAACGAUCAUGAUGGUCGCUCAUACCUGCUCCAGAUCUACCCACGGCUGGCUGCGCACCCCUCCACCUGCUGCAACUUAAGGGUGCAGAAGGAUGCAACGGCAGCCUCGGUGAUCUCAGACGCUGCCACGGCACUGGGGCUGGACCCCGGCCGCAUGUAUGUUCUGGCAGAGGUGAAGGAAUGUGGCGGGGAGGAGUGGGUGCUAGAAGCCGGAGACCUUCCAGCACAGAGGUUUCUGCUGUGGCCUCGGAAAGCCCAGGAGCAACACCCACAGAGUCUCGGCUUUUACUUCCUACUACAGGAGAGGAACCAUGAUGGCUCUAUACAUUAUGUUCACCUCCCAUCUGUUUCUAAGGAGCAGGAGGUCCAGCGGUUAGCUGCCAGGGGCUUUCUCCCCCCUCCACAGGAUGACUUUGCAGACCUCUGCAACCUUCCCGUCCUCAAUGAGGACAGCAUAUUAAACAAUUUGCGCACACGCUUUUACAAGAAAAAGAUCUACACCUAUGCAGGCAGCAUCCUCAUCGCCAUCAACCCCUUCAAGUUCCUUCCAAUCUACAACCCUAAGUACGUCAAGAUGUACGAGAACCACCAGCUGGGCAAACUGGAGCCUCACAUUUUUGCUAUUGCAGAUGUAGCAUACUAUGCUAUGCUCAGGAAGGGGGUCAACCAGUGUAUCGUCAUCUCUGGUGAAAGUGGCUCAGGCAAGACCCAGAGCACCAACUUCCUGAUCCACUGUCUGACUGCACUCAGCCAAAAGGGCUACGCCAGUGGGGUGGAAAGGACAAUACUGGGAGCGGGACCAGUUCUAGAGGCUUUUGGAAAUGCCAAGACAGCCCACAACAACAACUCAAGCCGCUUUGGUAAAUUCAUCCAGGUGAAUUACCUGGAAAGUGGAGUGGUCAGAGGGGCCGUGGUGGAGAAGUAUCUCCUGGAAAAGUCUCGCCUCGUCUCCAGAGAGAAGAACGAGAGGAACUACCACGUGUUUUACUAUCUGUUGCUGGGUGCAUCCGAGGAGGAGAGGAAAGAGUUCAAGUUGCUGCCGCCUGAAGAGUACUUCUACCUCAAGCAGCAAAACUUUAAGAUUGAAGAUGAGGAAGACCUGCGCCAUGACUUUGAAAGGCUGCAACAGGCCAUGGAGAUGGUUGGCUUCCUCCCAGCCACCAAGAAACAGAUCUUCUCUGUGCUCUCGGCCAUCUUGUAUCUUGGCAACGUGACUUACAGGAGAAAGUCGACAGGCAGAGACGAGGGCUUGGAUGUAGGGCCACCAGAGGUUCUGGCCACGCUCUCUGACCUGCUUAAGGUGAAAGAGGAGUUGCUGGUUGAGGCUCUGACAAAGAGGAAAACAGUGACGGUCAAUGACAAGCUCAUUCUCCCCUACAGCCACCCAGAGGCCAUCACAGCUAGAGACUCCAUGGCCAAAUCUCUGUACAGCGCCUUGUUUGACUGGAUUGUCCUGCGCAUUAAUCACGCUCUUCUUAACAAGAAAGAUAUGGAGGAACAUGUUCCAUGUUUGUCCAUCGGAGUCCUGGACAUUUUUGGCUUUGAGGACUUUGAGACCAACAGCUUUGAGCAAUUCUGCAUCAACUAUGCAAACGAGCAGCUGCAAUAUUAUUUCAACCAUCACAUCUUCAAUCUGGAGCAGGAAGAGUACCAAGCAGAGGGAAUCACCUGGCACAACAUCGACUACACCGACAAUGUGGGCUGUAUCCACCUCAUCAGCAAGAAACCGACCGGCCUGCUCUACCUGCUGGAUGAGGAGAGCAACUUUCCUCAUGCAACAGAUGAAACACUACUUGCCAAAUUCAAGCAGCAGCAUCAUGGGAAUAAGUAUUUCGUCCCCACGCCAGUCUUGGAGCCUGCCUUUGUCAUUCGACACUUUGCAGGGAAAGUUAAAUAUCAAAUAAAGGAUUUCCGAGAGAAGAACACGGACCACAUGCGUCCAGACAUUGUGGCGUUGUUGCGGAGCAGCGACCGUGCGUAUGUGCGGCAGCUCAUAGGCAUGGACCCGGUGGCAAUGUUUCGUUGGGGCAUCCUACGCGCCACCAUCAGAGGAAUCGCUGCUUUUAAUGAAGCCGGCCGUACCUGGGCUGCAAAAACUUCAGGUGUUGUCCGUCCGAUCUCAAGAACUCCACUAGGAGAGCUUCAACGAUCCAACACCCCAAUAGACAGGAUGUACAAACGAGCUUCUAUGCUCGAUUUCUACUUUGAUCACUCUGAAGAGCGCCCUCUAGAGGCCUUUGAAGACAUCUUUGCUAGCUAUGAGAGUAAGAAAGACAUGCAUGCAGAAAUCAUCAGCUCCAUUAAGAACUUGCAGCUGGAUGGUGAGGACCCUCGCAAGCUGCUGCAGUCCUGGGGUCGCCUCCGCUUCCCUCGACACAUCCUUCAGAAAAACAAGAGCACCAAACAGAGGCAGGUCAUCCCCAAGAGUUUGCUGGAUUCUCGUUCUUUGAAGUUCAUCGUGGGCCUGACUCUGCACGAUCGCACCACCAAGUCUCUGCUCCACUUGCACAAAAAGAAGAAGCCUCCAAGCAUAAGUGCACAGUUCCAGACUUCCCUGACCAAACUGUUGGAGACUUUGAACAGAGCCGAGCCUUUCUUUAUCCGCUGUAUUCGCUCUAACGCUGAGAAGAAGGAGAUGUAUCUGGAUGAGGCGCUGGUGGUUCAGCAGCUGCGAUACACUGGGAUGCUGGAAACUGUGCGCAUCAGGAGGUCAGGCUAUGGAGCCAAGUACACAUUCCAGGAGUUCAUCGCACAGUUCAGGGUUUUGCUGCCUAAGAAAGCAGCUGCUUCUAAAGAGGAGAUAUCAGCGCUGCUCGAUACAAAGAUGGGCCUGGACCCCACCACAUACCAGAUCGGCAAAACAAAGGUGUUCUUAAAGGAGCUUGAGCGACAGAAGCUGCAGGACACGCUGCACAAAGAUGUAAUGCGCAAGAUCAUUUUCCUUCAGCGCUGGUUCAGAGCUCGCCUGCAGAGGAAAGAAUUUCUGGACAUGAGACAGGCAGCAGUCUUAAUCCAGCGUUCAUGGCGCAGGUACUGCAGGGAAGAGAAAAGAAGACAGGCAGCUACUAUGAUCCAGGCGGUGUGGAAAGGACAUAGACAGCGGACUCAGUACAACCUCCAAAAACAAGGUGCCACCAAAAUACAAGCCCUGGUCAGAGGACACUCAGCACGCAGACGAUGUCACUCUUUGCGUGAAGACAAAAGGAGAAAGGAAGAGGAGGAAAAAGAAGCUCGGAAAAGGGCAGAAGAAGAGGAAAGAAGGAGGAGGGAAGAAGAGGAGGAGGCCAGGAGAAAAGCAGAAGAAGAGGAGGAAAGGAGAAGGAAGGAAGAAGAAGCAAGACAAAAGGCUGAAGAGGAGGAAGCAAGGAGGAGAGCUGAGGAAGAGGAGGCUGCCAGGAGGGCACAGGAGGAGGCACAGAAGAAGAGAGAGGAAGAGGAAGAGAGACCUGCAAGCGAGCCUCAAACGAGAGAGGAUCCGGAUAUCGAGCUGGUCACAGAAGAGAUGCUGGAUGAAAACCUCCUUGUCCAGGUGAUAGAGGAGGAAGAGGUUAACAUAAGCUCACUCACAGACGAGGACCAGGGUAAGGAGGAAGAGCAGGAGGAUAAAGAGGUCCACACAGAGACUAAUGGUACCCUGGCUGAGGCAGGACCUCAGCUGAAUGAAAAAGAGGACGAUGAGGAUGUUGGGAAUGAAACACUAGAAGAAUCAGCAGCUGAUGAGGGAACCUCCGAUACACUUACACUCACAUCCCUCGAUGAAAGACCUCAGAGUGAUACUUCCUCACUUUCCAGUGCUGAUCAAAAGGGAGCACGGCCUCUGGGUAUAAACAGGAGCAGUUCAAGGAGUCAGGAGAAGAGAGAGCAGAGGAGACGACGAGGGCUGGAGCACAACCAGAGAGAAACCGAACGAGCCUCAAACACCAAGGAACAAACCUCCCAGACCAAAAGCAAAAGCCAGGAGGCAUCCAAGCUGAAAGAGCGCUCAGACAGUAAGGAGCUGGACCAGUACACAUUCGUUGCGUGGAAAAUGAAGGAGGACAAAGGAGGCAAGAAAGAGGCCAAAGCUUCUCCCGGUCCUGUUCGUCCAUCUACGUUACCUCUGCAUCCUAUCGACCCUGUGCCUGAAAGAAAUGGUGUAGGUGAGGGGGCUGGAGCUGUCAACCUGCAACGCCGUCCUGGGGCGAUUAAGGAGAAGCCAGAGAAGUGGAGAGGAAGGAGGAGCGAUGGAGAAUUAUCUGAGAGUGGAAGCCCAGCCCAACCACAAAACAGGGAGGACAGAAGGAAGAAACCUCUGAGGGAAACUGCCUCCUCUUCAGUUGACAGUUUGUCCCCGGGUUCUGAAGGAGCUGGUGCUUUUUCAGCGAGAGAGCUGAUUUCCCCAUCAGACAGCCACAGUGACAGCUCCAAGGGAGGCUCUUUCAGGAGGAAACACCAGGAUGUUUCUGCCCAAGAUUCAGCUCACUCCAUCCCAUCCACACCAGACAGGUCGGGUGGUUUCUUCAGCAAAAUUUUGAAAAAACGAUCACACAAGGAGGCCCAGACUCCAGACAACGGAGAGGUGACAUUUGCCCAAACUCUCAACGAGAGGUCAACAGGAGGGGAAGCACCGACAGUUGGACAGUCGCACAGCGAGCGAGGUGGGAAAGGUUUGGGCCGCAACCCCACCAUAAAGAUCAGUCGUGCCACACGGGUCUCUGAGCAGUGGAAUGCGUCGCUGGAUCGGGAAAUCACCAAUGCAAAUGAGCUGCGGCACCUUGAUGAGUUUCUAGGCAACCAGGUGAAUGAUUUCCGCUCCAGAGGGAAGCAGCUCUCAGCCACAGAGGCCAUCUUUGUAACUGCCACGAUGCAGUUCAGAGAGAGUAUCAAAGCCAUGUAUUCCCUCCCAAAACCCACCACUGGCUACAAAGGUCUGAUGACGGGCUACCAGACAAAAGUGAUCCACCUGGCUGGAGAGAAGCAGAAAGGGGAGGUUCAACUCGUGGUUAACCUGUUCCAGUCAGUGCUAGACGGCUUCAUCAGGGGAGAGAUGAAGAAGGAAGAGGCUGAGCCUGCAAAGCCUGCCAAAGCUAGAAAGAAGAGAAGGAAAAAAGAUAAAUGUAUGGAGAGCCCCCUGGAUCAUAUUUUUGUCAACUACCAGGUCAACAUUAUGCAAUCAUGUGACCAGUGUAGCUCUUACAUCUGGGGCAUGGAGAAGGCUUACAUGUGCAGCUAUUGUAAAAUGGUGUCCCACAAGAAGUGCCUCUACAAAAUCGUCACUGACUGCACCUCCUUCUGUGCCAAAAAGAGUGAUGAGGAGUCGGGGGGUCUGCACUUCGGCGUUCGUGUGUGUCACCUGGUGAGUGAGAAGAACCCGGUGCCAAUGGUGCUGGAGAUGAUGCUGGAGCAUGUGGAGAUGCAGGGCCUUUAUACAGAGGGAAUCUACCGCAAGUCUGGAUCUGCGAACCGCAUCAAAGAGCUGCAUCAGCGACUGGAGACUGACCCUCACCUGGUCUGUCUGGAGGACUAUCCCAUCCACACAGUCACAGGCCUGGUGAAACAGUGGCUGAGGGAGCUGCCGGAUCCACUCAUGACCUUCACACAUUACAAUGACUUCCUGCAUGCAGUGGAACUGCCAGAGAAGCAAGAGCAGCUUCAUGCCAUUUACAAAGUGCUGGAAGAGCUUCCCUCUGCAAACUUCAACACAUUAGAGAGACUUGUCUUUCACCUUGUCAGGGUUUGUAAAGAGGAGGCUCACAAUCGUAUGUCGCCUAAUUCGUUGGCCAUAGUGUUUGCCCCGUGUAUCCUCCGCUGCCCCGACAGCGCUGACCCACUGCUCAGCAUGAAGGAUGUUGCCAAGACAACCACGUGUGUGGAGAUGCUCAUCAAUGAGCAGAUCAGACGCUACAACGAGAAGAUGGAGGAGAUUGAGCAGCUUGAGUAUGCAGAGGCUCUCGCUGUAAACCAGCUCAAACUCAAGAGACAGAACACGCACUUCUGGCACUUACCUCUCAGGUUCUCAGCUCCUUACAAAGGAGUGGUGGUGCACGAGAAGGUCAGCUCAGAUCUCAGUGUGGUCCCCGAGAAUGAGCCUCUAGACUCAGACACGGAGGCUGAGAAGAACUUGGUGGAGAGAAUCAAGUCCAUCAAACAGGAGAAAGAGGAUCUGGCCUGCAGACUUCCAGAGAUGGAGCAACCAGGUUCAGAUCAGGAGAACUUGGACUCCGAAGCCUCACUGAGCUCAGAGAGUCUCCUGGAUGAGCAGCAGCGCUCUUCUGUGCACAGCUCAGAGCCUGAAGGUCAGGUCAGCUACCAUUUGAGACGAUCAAGACCUGCUUGUCCACCCAAACCGCCAGACCUGGCCCAGCGUCAUAAGGUCCCCGGUGGGCGAACCUUUCACCCAGUCCUCACCCCCUCCAGCUCCACCUCCUCCUUGUUCAGCUGCACUUCAGAAUCCUCCAACGCGUCCUUCAGGCACCCGCUGCAACGUCGCAACCCCAUCAUCCCGGAUACAGUUAAACUCCCCCCAGGCGUCCUUUCCCAGUCCUCGUCUUCCAAUCUGGCUCAGGCUCCUGAAAGUCGAGUGUUGCAGUACUUGGUGAGGAGAAGAGAGCAGCCAGGCCGCCGCAAAGACAGCACCCAGUCCCUUUACAUCGACAACCAUGAGAGGGAUCUGCUCCUGCAUUUUUCCUCCUGCCCUCCCUCUGCUUCCUCCUCUAUCUCGUCCAUUGCCAGUGCAACACCUGCCCCUCAGGACCAGCAGCACGACCCACCGGCCUCAAAGGACCAGAGACGGUUCUCUGAUCUGGACAUACCUUAUAUGGACGAUGAUUCCUGACCAGGGAAACGUGGACACAACAUUGCCCAGCACCUUUUCUAUAUUUUUAACAUGUUGUGAUCAUGUUGUGACAGAGUUGUGUUUUCUGUUGCCUGUUAUUAAUGGACAGUCUCUCCCUUUGCUAAUUCAAGGAAAUAUUGGAGGUUUCCAGCCGCACUUUUCAUUUCUUUGUUCUCCUAAUGAGCAAAACCUGCUCCCUGAAAAGUUAGCUAGUGCCUUUGUUAAUGUACAGUAAGUUUAAAAAGUUAAUUUCUUGUGUAUUGUAAUGGACGGUGCUCACAGAGAGAUAAAGAGAGGGCGGCUUUUUCUCAGACUUUUGUGUUUAUUAUACUGCAAAAGGACCUAAACAAGCACAUUGUGACUGUUGUGUUGGUGCCUCAACAGGACAGCUUCCUUAACCUUUCACCAGCUGCACCACAAGCCCCACAUAGGAAACAUUUCCUCACAGAGCAAAGGGAAAUGGGAGCAGCACAUGCCACUUUUUUCCUACAAUACAACAAAACCCAGCUUUCAUGUAACAGCCAUGCCAUGAUGUCUCAAAAAGUCAUUGAGUUCCCUGGACCAUGUGUCUUGAACAGACAUGACUUCACUCAGCUGUAUCUUACCUGUUAUUCAAAGUCCCAGAAUGAGCAGGUUCUGCUGGAGCUCAGCUUUAGGCCCACUAAUACUAAUGUUCCUCUCUGACUGCUGUUGAAAGAUGUCUGUUAGUUUGUCCAGGUAAUGACCAAGAUGAUCUGAUGUGUAAUGUGUAAACAGAGUGUAUGGUUGGACUGAAUGACUGUAAUGGUUAUUAGUAUUAACAUGACAAUACAGAACGUGAUGCUUGUAACCUGUGCUGCUGUGUGUUUUGAUCAAGUGUAGACAAAAAAACUUUCACAGUGUCAGUAUGUUUCAUGAACAGAAACAUGAAGAGUAUAAAAAAUGUAGAGAAGAUUGCAGCAUUUUGAAGGAAGAAAAAGCCUUUUCUUCUUUUGUUCAGAAAACAGCAACUGAAUCAUCAAGUCCUGCAGUUUUUUCAGCUACCAGCAGCUGCACCACCGCCACAUGUUGUGGAAGUUGGAGGACAGACAAGAGAUGAACAAAACGCAUUACAGCUCAACAGCUUUCCCCCAACCCUGACAAGUCUCCAAGUCCCUGCUGCUGAAACACAACCCCACAGCAUGAUGCUGCCACCACCAUGCUUCACUGUUGGGAUGGUAUUGGACAGUUGAUGAGCAGUACCUGGUUUCCUCCAGCAGUGGAAAAUGAGGCACUAGGCAUCUCCAGCUCUGUUAAGAAACUUGAGCACAGCAUUAAAGCCUUUAAAGGGUUAAGGCGAUCCUACUCCCAGUGUUCCCACCCAACUCCCUUCCAGCCUCCCUCCUAAUGCCCUGCCCAGCCCAUCACACUGGUUCUAGGAUAUCUGCCAUCCUCUGUGGCAUGACACGGAUGAGAAACAAACAAAAAGCAGAUCAAGGGUGAGCUGUCAAAGUUGGAUGGGGACAAUGUUGGUCUUCUUUCUUCUCUUCCUCUACACAGGAUCAUCUGCUGCCAAAAAGCAGGGAGAUUUUGGCAUUUUUAUCCUUUGCUUGACCAAGAAGAAUACAUACAGGUUGGACUGCCAUUAUGCCCCCUGUGAAGACUCUACACCCUUUUACUGUGAAUUUAUGGCGUCUGACGGCACCCUGCUGGCUAAGGAAUCAAACAAAGAGUGCAAGUACCCCCUCCCACAGGACCUCAGCCACACAAUGAACUACAGCUGCAAACUGACGCGAAGGAAAAGGACGGAGGAGAAGCAAAUUAGCGUCAACUUUUCAUCACUUAAAGACAGGAAAGGCUACUAUUUGACUGAGAAGCCUGGAACGCGCCAAAAAAUUAAGCCCUGUAUUGACACCACAGCCUUGCAGAUACACAAAGCUCCAUCCUUUCUAUGGCCUGUGGUCAGUCUGAGUCUGUGGAGGAUCCUCGCUACAGACGGCCCAACAACAUGAAGGAUCAUGACGAGUGCCAGUGUUACAAUGUUUGUGUUACCUCCAGCAAAUGCUGCGAGUUUCACUCACAUGUAUGUAGAAGAUGCUCUUACGAUUUCUUCCUAAACUACCAGUGUUCAGGAGUAAACAAAGAACAUUCAUGUAUAGAUAGUUGAUAAUACUGUAUGCCAUAACUCAAAUAAUAUGUGACAUCGUGUGUAUGGUGAAUAAUAACCCAAUAAUCAUGAUUUUGCUCUGAUGUAUAACCUUCACUCCAGUGGACAGAUAAACAAGAAGA